GGAGGAGAGCAGAAGUGAGCCUGAGGAGGCAGCAGCAGCUGAGAACUGCACUUGGACCUGUGCUGUGGGACCAGAUUCAUUUACGUUGGCAGAUUGCUAUGACCCAACCACAAAUGGCUCCCAUUUGUCUUGUGGAAAACCACAAUGAACAUCUGUCCGUGAACCAGGAAGCCAUAGGGAUUCUGGAGAAGAUUUCUCAGCCAGUGGUAGUCGUGGCUAUUGUUGGAUUGUACCGUACAGGGAAGUCCUAUUUGAUGAACUGUCUGGCGGGACAGAAUCACGGAUUCCCUCUGGGCUCCACUGUGCAAUCUCAGACCAAGGGCAUCUGGAUGUGGUGCGUGCCACACCCCACCAAACCAGAGCACACCCUGGUCCUCCUGGACACUGAGGGCCUGGGGGAUGUGGAAAAGGGUGAUCCUAAGAAUGACUUGUGGAUCUUUGCCCUUGGUGUGCUUCUGAGCAGCACCUUUAUCUACAACAGCAUGAACACCAUCAGCCACGAUUCCCUGGAGAAACUACAUUAUGUCACAGAACUCACUGAACUGAUCAGAGCAAAGUCUUCCCCAAAUCCUGAUGGAAUAAAGAAUUCCACAGAGUUUGUGAGUUUCUUUCCAGACUUUGUCUGGAUUGUUCGGGAUUUCAUGCUAGAGCUGAAGUUAAAUGGGGAAGACAUCACAAGUGAUGACUACUUGGAGAAUGCCCUGAAGCUGAUCCCAGGCAACAAUCCCAGAAUGCAAGCAUCCAAUUCAGCCAGGGAAUGCAUCAGACGUUUCUUUCCUAACCGGAAGUGUUUUGUCUUUGACCGGCCAACGCAUGACAGAGAACUCUUACAAAAACUUGAGACUAUCUCAGAAAACCAACUGGAUCCUAUGUUUCGGGAAGGAACAAAGGCUUUUGUUUCUUAUAUCUUCACUUAUGCCAAGAUUAAGACCCUCAAAGAGGGAAUUAAGGUCACUGGGAAUGGACUGGGGAUUCUAGUGACAACCUAUGUAGAUGCCAUCAACAGUGGAGCAGUGCCUUGUGUGGAUGAUGCUGUGACAACUCUGGCCCAGCAUGAGAACUCAGUAGCUGUGCAGAAGGCAGCCAGCCACUAUAGUGAGCAGAUGGCCCAGCGACUGAGGCUUCCCACAGACACGCUCCAGGAGCUGCUGGAUGUGCAUGAAGCCUGUGAGAAGGAAGCCAUGGCUGUCUUCAUGGAGCAUUCCUUCAAGGAUGAAAAUCAGCAAUUCCUGAAGAAGCUGGUGGAAUUAAUAGGUGAGGCAAAAGUGCUUUUCCUGUUGAAGAAUGAAGAGGCAUCUGAUGAAUACUGCCAGGAAGAACUGGAUCGACUUUCGAAGGAUUUUAUGGAAAAUAUCUCAACAUUUUCUGUUCCUGGGGGACAUAGGCUCUACAUGGACAUGAGGGAGAAGAUUGAGCAUGAUUACUGGCAGGUUCCCAGGAAAGGGGUGAAGGCAAGGGAAGUCUUCCAGAACUUUCUUCAGUCACAGGCCAUCAUCGAGAGUUCCAUCCUGCAGGCAGACACAGCCCUCACUGCUGGGCAGAAGGCCAUUGCAGAGGAGCGUGCCAAGAAGGAGGCAGCAGAGAAGGAGCAAGAGCUGCUAAGACAGAAGCAGAAGGAGCAGCAGGAGUAUAUGGAGGCUCAAGAGAAAAGUAACAAGGAAAACCUAGAGCAACUGAGAAGGAAGCUGGAGCAGGAGAGAGAGCAGCUCAUCAAAGACCAUAACAUGAUGGUGGAAAAGAAACUGAAGGAGCAAAAGGCUUUGCUUGAGGAAGGAUUUAAGAAGAAAGCUCAAGAAAUGGGCGGAGAGAUACAGCAACUGAAACAUAACAUCGAGGAUAAAAAAAAACAGUGGUUCCUUUUUCGAUACUAUUAUAAGAGAAGUUGCUUCAUUUCUUUUUUCUCCCAUUUCAAUGAUUGAAAAGGGUAUAAGGUCCCUUUUUUAGUAAAAAUGAUAGACUGUGAUAUAUACUUUGUGUUACUUUGACACUGCCUGUUUUCCAUUUUCACUCUGCAGAGAGGUUUAAACAUAAAAAGUGCUGAUUAGAGCACAUCUGUGCCCCACACAGAAGACAGAACCGCUCCUACAUGUCUGCACAGACAAUGCUUGCCUUUAGAGACCACAUUUUGAAAGCAUUCCUAUGAAAGCUAUGCAUUUAGUCAUCAGAUGCGAUCACCUCUGGCCAAUUUAACUGCAUAUAGAAUCUGCAAAAAAACAAGGUUUUCUGUACUCCUAUGAGUACCAUGUAGCCCAGGAUAGGUUGUACAGGAUUCUCUCAGGUUAAUAUGGUAGGGAACCCAUCCUAAGUGUGGGCAGCACUAUUCCUGUGGACUGAGGACACAGUAGAAAGAUGAAAGGAGUCUCCCUACCACUUGUGGCUUCAACUGUGGAUGCCAUACAAAGCCAGCCUUGAUUUCUCUCAGAAUGCAUUCUCCAGCCUUGACCAAAUGUAUUAUCAUGAUACAUGGAGCUCAACAAACUGUUCAAUAAGUUGGUUUUGUGAGGGUAUUUCAUCACAGCAAGAGGAAAAGUCACUGAUAUCAUAAUGGUGAUAAUCCUGGAAACUACUUAAUCAUCCCUGUGUUAGAUUCGCAAUAAAUUUUAAUAUGAUUUG